UUCAUUGGACGCGAUCUUUGAAAGCCUCCAACCAGUCGAAAGAGACCGCGCCGUAUUCGAAAAAUAAUUUCGUUCGAUCGAUUCUCCAAGUUUACACAUGUCGCAUGUUUUUUCCAGUUCCGCACUCGCGAUUUCCCACAAAUACACACACGUUGCAUCGCGUUCAACCGUGUCCGCGUUUACGGUAUGCGGCCAAACGUGAGAAAUACCGAAGCUGGACUUACUUCGCGCCGUAAACGUAAUCGCCGCACACGUGGCCGACAAAUAUUUCCAUCGGAAGAAUAUCCGCCUGGAUUCUUCGAAUAUUUGCAACCAGUCGUUCGAACAGCGGAAAGUGUACGGAUACACCGUAAACAUGUUGUUGGACAUCGGUGUUCGGAUCCUAUCCAUUACGACCUUACCUAAAAGUCAAUCGGUCAAGCUGCCACACGAUCGUCACCCCUUACCAACUCCGAUCCACCCCGACGCAAUGAUACCUAAUGUAUUCCACCCGGGACCGUCCAACGGUACGUUUAACGUAAUUGGUGUCGGUAGAAGGUGUCCGCGGUUCACGAGGGGCAAUUUAGUGUUUGCAAACGAAUUUCGAAUCCAGGUAUCCAGGAGCUUCCGCUAGAACUAUUUCAAAAUGGCGUGGUCCCAGAGUUAAAUCAAACUGUAUUUAAUUCGCAUACGUAUGCACUAGUCGAAAUUUUGAAACCUUUCAACGUAUCAGCACCGCAGUUUUGUCGGAAUUACUUUCAGCCUUGAAGUACCAGCUGUGAAAAAAAUGGAGCGAAACAAAAAACUUCAGCCCCCCGAGUAAUUCGACUCGUCUCCUUCGACCCCCCCGAAUCGCCCUCGGGGACGACGAUCCACGCGCGAUCGCGCGGUGAGUUGAUUGGUCUUCAGGGUUCGCGGCGAUACAUUGACCAACGAUGCAAUUACCGCAUAAUUAUCUUUGUGUCCAGGAAUAGAUCGCGGUUUUGGAUCGUUAACUCGCUUAUAGUAGCGAUCGACAGUCGCGUUACGUGUACAACGGCAAAAUUGUAUACCUCUCCGUAAAUUUCCAUGAGCUUGCUUACACCGAGAGUACGACCAACCGAAGUUGAACGUUGUAAAUAAUAUCACGUGCUGGCGUAUUAAUCGACCGCGUCCACUACGCUAUGGUAUUUUCAGUGAUCCUGCACCGGGGCAGCUCACCACGUGUUUUAGAUUGUGAAUGGGAGCUCUACCGCAGUAUUCCAGGCAUUGCAUCUCUCUAAUAUGAUUUAACGUGGGAUUAUUCGCACCUCGGAGACGCCAAAGUUUGGAUGAAAUAUACCCACAGCUUUGAGACACGGAGUAACUUAUAUAUUGUUUCAAGUUUUAACCGGCUUUCCUCAAAUGCGUAACAACCAAAAUUUAUCAAGGUGGAUUUACUUUCGUUUACCAAAUGGCCUUGGGAGGUGGUUGGAUUCGUUCUCUGAUCGGUACGUCGACGAGAAAAAUUAUACGUAAGAAAAAGCCAUCCGCUUCAGAGGUACUCACGAGUUAUUUACUGCAAACGAACGAGCCACCCUGGACAUCUUAUUUCGUGAGGUACGCCGACGUAGUGAACGAUCAAAGAGGAAUGUCUCAUUUCAACUGGGAAGUUGGAAACAGUAAUUAUCACAUACUAAGAACUGGUUGUUAUCCUUACGUCAAGUAUCACUGUACGAAAAGACCAAAGGAGGAUCUAAGCGCAGACAACACCCUCUUCAUGCUCAUUAAAAUCAUAAAUCUCGGUAUUCCUACUUUGAUAUACGGACUGACGGCAACUCGGUUAAUUCGCCAUCAGGAAGUUGUGGAAACUCCUAAAGGGCACGUUACCAUCUAUUUUCUACUGCCCGAGGAUAAAGGAUCCCGAUAUUAGCGCUCGCCUGUGAAAUUGUCAAUUAUAAUCUAUGCCGAUCCUACUGAUAAUAAAUCCAUGAUGAAUUAA